AUGGGAAGCUGUCCCCGAGACCACGUCACUGUGGGUAUCGUAGGAGGUGGGAUUGCCGGCCUCGGGCUUUCCAGAAUGCUCGAACUCUCAGGGAUAUCGUAUUGUCUAUGGGAAGCGCACAGUCAAUUUGCACCACCCACGGGCGUUAGCAUCGGCCUCAUGCCCAAUGGUCUUAGAAUCCUGGAUCAACUGGGGAUGAUCGAGAAAUUUGAUGAAUAUGACGUGGAACGAAAAGCAUGGGAGCAUCGAGAUGGGCACGGAAAUCUUCAAGCAAAUUUUAAUCCCAGUGCGAUCCGUGAAGAAAAACUUGGAUAUGGCGGUAUCUUCAUGGAAAGACGGAGAUUACUCCAAAUCUUGCACGGAAGCAUUGAGAAUAAGACUAGGCUAUAUACAUCGAAGCGAGUAGUCUCCGUGAGGCAAACGGAGCAAGAAGCAAUCAUUGUCAGCGAAGAUGGCAGUGAAGUUAGUUGCGAUUUCAUUGCAGGAGCAGAUGGGAUCAGAUCUAUCAUCCGACGUGAGAUUGAAAGAACGACGUUUACUAUCAAGAGCCCCGAGUCGCGAUUUGAUGCCCGUUAUGCGUGUACAUAUGGCAUCUCGAAUCCAGUCUUGGGCAUAGAACCAGGUCGCUCUUUCACAGUCUACCGACCGAAUGUUUCGCUGUUGAUAUUCUGCGGUCACAGUGGAGAUGUAUACUGGUUCAUGAUGCGCGAUCUCAAGAGGACGAUUGUGUAUGAUAAGCCCGAAAGGUUCUUGGAGAAGGAUAUCGAGGCACUCUAUGCACAAGUCGCUGAGACGAUUGUGACGGAUGGGGUGGUCUUUGCGAAUAUCUUUCGGAACAAGCGUACUGCGAUCAUGACGGCACUAGAAGAGGGCAUUGCAGAACGGUUCUUCUUCGGACGCUUAUUUUUAUUAGGUGACUCUGCGCACAAGAUGGUCCCUCAUGCAGCCAUGGGCGCGAACCAAGCUCUCGAGUCUGCAGCAGCGUUUGUUAAUAUCCUACGUUCAUCACGUUUGCAAAAAGGCGACUGCCAGAGUACACGCAUUCCACUAUCAGAGGUGCAGUCAUGCCUGGAACAGUAUGAACUUCGACGUCGAGCUCGAGCGACGGCAGCUUCCCAGAUAGCGACUUUUGCCUGCCGGGCGCAACUCAAAAUAGGACCCGCCAGCGAUGAGUAUUGGGCAAAUUUCCCGCGAAUGAUGGGCGAAGAGGGAAUUGCCAAGUCAUUAGAGUCCUUUUGUGACGCAGAGAUGUUGGAGAAUUGGUCGAUGGGAAGUCCUCGAGUGGCUGUUUAUACGGCGUUUGUGAAGGCCAAUAAGCGCCCAUCAUGGGGAUAG